ACAGUUGAGUUUCACUUUUCCCUUUCCUGGGGUAUCUCUUUACCCGCGAGUAGCUGGAUACGUGAGUUAGUCAAAGGCUUCGUUGCUGCGCAGUGAUAUGACGGAGACUCUUCCGUAGCUACGACAUAGGAAGCCCUUCCCCACCCCUUCCCGGACAGAAGAGAUUGGUAAAUCCCGCUUCAGAGGUAAUGGAAGCUGAGUGAGCGGCGGCGGUGACAGCUGAUGAUUUCCCCCAGAGGGAUCCCCAGUGACGCGUGUGACAGGUUUUAACCUUGAAACCCCACCAUGUCCUUGAAGCCAAGAGUUGUAGAUUUUGAUGAAACAUGGAACAAACUUUUAACGACAAUCAAAGCUGUUGUCAUGUUGGAUUAUGUUGAAAGAGCGACGUGGAAUGACCGCUUCUCGGAUAUAUAUGCACUGUGUGUUGCUUAUCCAGAGCCUCUUGGAGAAAGGCUGUAUACAGAGACAAAAAUAUUUUUGGAAAAUCAUGUCCAACAGUUAAACAAGAAAGUCCUGGACUCAGCGGAACAAGUUCUGGUAAUGUAUCACAGAUACUGGGAAGAAUACAGCCGGGGAGCAGACUACAUGGAUUGUUUAUAUAGGUAUCUUAACACACAGUUUAUUAAAAAGAAUAAACUAACAGAAGCUGACCUGCAGUAUGGCUAUGGAGGAGUGGAUAUGAACGAGCCUCUCAUGGAAAUAGGGGAAUUAGCUCUUGACAUGUGGAGGAAAUUAAUGAUUGAACCUCUUCAAGACACCCUCCUUCGAAUGCUUCUUAAAGAAAUUAAAAGUGAUCGAUGUGGGGAAGAUCCAAAUCAAAAAGUAAUCCACGGGGUUAUUGACUCCUUUGUUCAUGUUGAACAGUAUAAGAAAAAAUUUCCCUUAAAGUUUUAUCAAGAAAUUUUUGAGUGGCCUUUUCUGGCUGAAACGGGGGAGUAUUACAAACAGGAAGCAUCAAAUUUACUACAAGAAUCAAAUUGUUCACAGUAUAUGGAAAAGAUUUUAGGUAGAUUAAAAGACGAAGAGAUUCGAUGUCGGAAGUAUUUAAAUCCCAGUUCAUAUAAUAAAGUGAUUCAUGAAUGCCAGCAGCGAAUGGUGGCAGACCACUUGCAGUUUCUACAUGCAGAAUGUCACAAUAUCAUCAGACAAGAAAGGAGAAGCGAUAUGGCCAAUAUGUACACCCUUCUCCGUGCAGUAGUAAAUGGUUUACCUCAUAUGAUUCAGGAACUACAAAACCAUAUCCAUGAUGAAGGCCUUAGAGCAAUUAGUAAUCUUUCUCAGGAAAAUAUGCCAACUCAAUUUGUGGAAUCCGUAUUGGAAGUUCAUAGUAAAUUUGUCCAACUAGUCAACACGGUGUUGAAUGGAGAUCAACAUUUUAUGAGUGCGCUAGACAAGGCUCUUACAUGUGUUGUGAACUACAGAGAACCCAAGUCAGUCUGUAAAGCGCCUGAGCUGCUGGCCAAGUACUGUGACAAUAUGCUGAAAAAAUCAGCCAAGGGAAUGACAGAAAAUGAAGUGGAAGACAAGUUAACAAGUUUUAUUACCGUUUUCAAGUAUAUUGACGACAAAGAUGUUUUCCAGAAGUUCUAUGCUAGAAUGCUGGCAAAGAGAUUAAUUCAUGGUUUGUCAAUGUCUAUGGAUUCUGAAGAAACCAUGAUUAAUAAAUUAAAGCAAGCCUGCGGGUAUGAGUUCACUAGUAAGCUGCAUCGAAUGUACACUGACAUGAGUGUCAGUGCGGAUCUCAAUAACAAGUUCAACAACUUCAUAAAAAGCCAAGACACUGUUAUAGACCUAGGAAUUAGUUUUCAGAUAUAUGUAUUACAGGCUGGUGCAUGGCCACUAACUCAAGCACCAUCUUCUACGUUUGCAAUCCCUCAGGAACUGGAAAAGAGUGUUCAGAUGUUUGAAUUAUUUUACAACCAGCAUUUCAGUGGAAGAAAGCUGACAUGGUUGCACUAUCUUUGCACAGGUGAGGUAAAGAUGAAUUACCUGUGCAAGCCAUAUGUAGCAAUGGUUACUACAUACCAAAUGGCUGUUCUGCUCGCCUUCAAUAACAGUGAAAUUGUUACAUAUAAAGAGCUUCAAGACAGCACACAGAUGAAUGAGAAGGAGCUCACAAAAACAAUCAAAUCUCUGCUCGAUGUCAAGAUGAUUAAUCAUGAUUCUAACAAGGAAGAUGUAGAUGGAGAAUCAAUAUUUUCAUUAAACAUGAAUUUCAGCAGUAAAAGAACAAAAUUUAAAAUAACUACACCUAUGCAGAAGGACACGCCCCAGGAGGUGGAACAGACAAGGAGUGCUGUAGAUGAAGACCGUAAAAUGUACCUUCAAGCUGCUAUAGUUCGAAUCAUGAAAGCACGGAAAAUACUGCGACAUAAUGCUUUAAUACAAGAGGUCAUUAGCCAGUCCAGAGCUAGAUUUAACCCAAGUAUCAGCAUGAUUAAAAAGUGCAUUGAAGUACUUAUAGACAAACAGUACAUAGAAAGAAGCCAAACCUCAGCAGAUGAAUACAGCUAUGUGGCAUAAUGCCCUCAUCACGUGGGUGUGUACAGGACGACAUCAACGCUGUCACUGUUUGGUGUGUUACUUUUGGAAGAAACAGGCUUAUGCUUCCAUAUCCGGUCACCCAGCAGUCUGUGCCGUUUACAACAUCACCAGUGCCACAUUAUAACCGCCAGUGAAAAUGCCUAUAAAUAUUUCAAGCUCACGCCAUUAUGACAUUUACUGCAACUGUACUACAUGGAUGAGCGAAGUAUUUCUGGAAUGUGGAAUUUUUUGGUUGGAUAAGGUUUUUCCCUCCCUCAUCACGUUUGCAGUUGAUGUGUUUUUUUAAAUGUAUCUUAAAGGACCUAAAGUAAAACAAACAAAAAAACAACUAAAUAUUGUAAUUACAGAUAACCUAAUUAUUGUAUCUACUUUAAAUGUACAAAAAUGACAAACAUGAUAUUACUGCUUGUCAAAUAAAAAAAAUAAAAAAAAUAUCAUGUGCUGAUCGGAAUAUUUUAAUAAUGGAAAUUUACCUGAUCGUAAUAUACUUACUGUCCAUUAAUAUAUGCUGUUGUAUAGCUAGACUGAUACCUAGAUAUUAUUUGUCUAGUAGCUUGUUCGGGGGGAAAAAGCAGGAAGCCCCAAAAAAUACUUUGGAAAUGAAAGCCAUUAAAGGGACUUUUGCAAAUGCAACAGCUUGUCUUAAAGGGACAUAAUGAAACUAGAACUGUACAUGAGUGCAUUACAAUAGUGAACAGAAGCAUUUUUGCAAUACUUUACAUUUUUAUGCGCUGUGGUGUGCUUUGCAUCUGUGUUUAAAUCACCACACCUACUUAGAGACCUGGGGGUGGCUAGUGCUGAAUCGUUAAUGAGUAUGAGCUGUAUUUUAAAUGUGGGUGUCCAGAGCAUAUGUAGAUAUGCUCUGCUUAUUUGUGCACAGUAAAAGCUAUCACUAAAAAUGUUUUUGCUAAAACGUGUAUUGCAACAAUUCUUCUCUUGCACUUGUGCAACAUUAAAAAAACAUUAGUCAUUUUAUAUUUAUGCAUUGGAAAUAAGUCACAGAAUUACAAAAGCCGUACAUGGAAUACUUAUGUUUUAAAGCAUUGAAGACUGUCGUUUUGUUUGUAAAAUGUGCAUUGUUUUACAGAUCACACCCCUUGAAAAGUCUCUUGAAUGUUGUUUAUUUUAUGUCUUUUGUUGUUGCUGUGCUUAUCAACCAAUCACUGUGCAGCAUGUAGGAAUGUCAGAAUUCUUCAUUCCACAAAAUACACUGCAGUCUCUCUGGGGAAAGUUUUAGAGUUACAUUACAGGAAUGGCAGGCAAACUAAAUAAUGAAAGUGUGUUGCAAAGUAUUUUAAUUAUGCAUAAAUUAACAUUUUAUGAGAAAAUACAUUUUGAGUUUAAUGUUCAUCUUUUAUAUUGAAUAAACAAGUGUGUAUUGCAA